AUGUUGAAGCUCUGUAAUUCAUGUCGAUUCUAUGCUGCUGUUGCUAUUGUCGAUUCGUGUUUGUAUUCUGUAUUUGUUGAGAUAUGUGUUGUUGAUAUCACAAGCUGUGGUUCUAAUUGUACUGUGUUUCAUUUGAAAAUGGCUAGCAUUGGUACUUCUUUGAAAAGGAAGAGAAAUUGGGACUGUAUUCGGUUCAUAAUUACUAUGAUUAAUUGUGUUAUGUUGCUACAUUUGAUGUUCUACUCGAUGAGAAAAACUAUAUACGAUUCCCAUUAUGUUAAGCUUGAUAAAAAAACUAGGAGAAAAAUGAGAUUGCACAACUUGAAUAGAAUGAUUAGAGAAAGUGACACUUUGUGUAGGAACUAUCUUCGUAUAAAUCGAUACACAUUUGGUGUACUUUUAGAGAUGGUAAGAGAUAUUGGUGGAUUAAAUGAAACAAGAAACACAUGUUUAGAAGAGAUGGUUGCGGGUUUCUUGUACACAUUAGCUCACCAUAAGAAAAAUAGAAUGAUGGGUGCAUAUUUUUACAGAAGUGGAGAAACUAUUAGUAGACAAUUUCAUGCUUGUUUGUUAGCAAUCUUAAAGUUACAUGCUAUUCUUCUUAAGAAACCAACACCAAUACAAGAGGAUUGCAACGAUGAAAGAUGGAAAUAUUUCAAGAACUCAUUAGGUGCCCUUGAUGGUACAAUGAUUCUAGUGAAUGUUCUUUGUGAUGAUCGAUCCAAAUAUCGGACUAGAAAAGGUACCCUUGCUAUGAAUGUAUUAGGAGUAUGUUCACCCGAGAUGGAAUUUAUAUAUGUCUUACCUGGUUGGGAGGGGUCGGCACACGAUGGUCGGAUUCUUCGAGAUGCUAUUUCUAGGCCUAAUGGGUUGAAAGUUUCAAAAGGAUAUACUAAUGGAGAAGGAUUCCUUGCACCCUAUAGAGGGCAUCUUUAUCAUCUUAGAGAAUGGAAUAAUGGCCCCCGACAACCCCAAACCGCCAAAGAAUAUUUCAACUUAAGGCAUGCAAAAGCUAGAAAUGUGAUUGAGAGAUGCUUUGGAUUACUCAAGGGAAGAUGGGGGAUUCUUAGAAGUCCUUCUUGGUUUAGUUUACAAACACAUAGUCGAAUUGUACUUGCUUGUGCGUUAUUACAUAAUUUGGUAAAGAGAUACAUGCUUGCAGAAUUGAUGAUGAGGACUUUAUAUAACCUCCAUUGCUGUAACCGAUCCAUGGACGAAUUUUCCGAAAUACAAUGGCCCAAUAUAUGUUCAACGAUUGGAGGGCUAGACAACGCAGACUUACUUUGUGAUGUUAUUCAUUUUUAUUUAAAACCUCCAUUUCUUAGGAUGGAUGAAAGUAGUGCUAGUGGAGGUGGAAGGGGAAAAAACAAACGAUUUUGGACUGCCCAAGAAGAUAAGGCUCUUGUGGAAGCAUUGUCAGAGUUAGCUGUUGAUCCUCACUGGAGGUGUGAAAAUGGAUUUAGAAGCGGCUACAUGGUUCGCUUAGAGGAGCUCAUAGGUAAGGCUCUUCCUGGUUGUGGUUUGAAGGCUCUGCCACACAUUGAUUCUCGACUUAAGACACUUGUAGCCAAGUUUAGGGCUAUUUCUCAAAUGUUAAAUACAAGUGGAUUCGUCUGGGAUGAUGAAAAAAAAUGA